AUGGGUGCCUACGCUACUGCCCAACUAAUCGGCGGCCCAUCCCUGCCUCCACCCCUUCUGCGCUGUCGGCUUUGUGGCCAAUCUCUCCACAACAGCGUCCAUAAUCUGGGAGCAUCCAACGCAGUGCUCUCUGCCUGGCGCGACACAGGGGUGUCGCUUAUCCUGCCUUCAGUCUGGAAUUCUACCCUGCCUCGCUCCGUCGAAGUCCAGCGCGAGCUUCAAUUGACCAACAAGCUGGAGCCACAAUUGCGCAAGCUUACUCCGGGCAGCGGUGGCUAA